AUGGACCGUCAGUCUCUGGACAUGGUUCUUACUCAACAAGACUGGACGAAAGAUCCACUCGAGACGCCAAGCCCAUUCUACGUGUUGAUUGAGACGUCGGGUAGCAACUCUGACCACGACAUGGAGAAGUUGGAGGCAUACCUGGAAGAUGUCAUGGGAUCUGGUGUUGUGGUUGAUGGUACGGUUGCUCAAGACGAGGCCCAGGCGCAGAAGCUGUUCAUGUUGCGUGAGGAUAUCUCGAUGUCGCUGAGCUCACGUGGGUACGUGUACAAGUACGACAUCUCGCUGCCCAUGGACCAGUACUACAAGAUCGUGGAAGAGGUUCGUGAGAAAAUGGCUCCUCUAGGUGCUGAGGUGGUCGGUUUUGGCCACAUGGGAGACUGCAACCUGCACCUCAACAUCUCAACGCUCAAGUACGACGAGAAGGUGUUCAAUGCGCUGGAGCCCUAUGUCUUCGAGUGGACGUCCAAGUACCGCGGAAGCAUCAGCUCGGAGCAUGGUAUCGGAACGCACAAGCCGUCGUACCUCCACUUGUCCAAGUCUGACAACUCCAUCCAGCUCAUGAGGCAAAUGAAGCAGAUGAUGGACCCCAAGGGUAUCCUCAACCCGUACAAGGUUCUGCCCGCAAGCGAAUAG